AUGUUUGCUGUCUUAGCAGCUAUUCAACUCGAUCAGGAUGGCUUGCAAAACUCACAAAUACUUCUUCAGACCGACAACCGGACCGUUGUAUCAUACAUAAACAAAGAAGGAGGUACUCAGUCUCUGAAGCUUCUGGAACAAACUCGGCGGCUUCUAUCGGUUCUAGACAAAGUGAACAUGCAUCUAAUAGCACAAUAUAUACCGGGCAGAUACAAUGUAGAAGUCGAUGCAUUGUCCCGUCAAAAGGCUUGCCCCGAAUGGCACUUGAUAACAGAAGCAACCACGAAAAUAUUUCAAAUGUGGGGGUGUCCAGAAAUAGAUUUUUUCGUAUCGAAAACGGCCCACGUAGUUCGGACAUUUGGUACUUGCUCACUUGAACCAGGCCAAAGGACUCCAUGUUAUAAUAGCUCCGAAAUGGCAAAAGGUGUUUUGCCAAUCGGAUCUUCAGAACCGAGCCUUAUAUCUAAUUCCAGAUCUGAACCGUGUACUUCUAGACACGCGAACAGGAACACACCCACCGGAUGUUCAAAAAUUACAACUGGGAGCUUGGCUGAUUUCGGGUGGCAGGAAAUUUUAACAGGAUGGACGGAGUCUGAGCAACGGUUGCUUCGGUCAUGCUGGAGAGAUUCUAUAUUGAAUACAUAUAAACCAGCAUGGAUAAGAUGGAAGAAGUGGUGUGAUUUAAAUUCAGUAGAUCAUAAAUUUCCGAACGGAAGUAGAGUAGCGCGGUACCUAGCUCAUCUUCAUUGCGAUAUAGGUCUAGCAUAUAGAACUAUUCUUGUUCAUAAAUCGGUAGAUCUAUCGUCGGAUUUCUUUAUUAAACAUAUUCUAAGAGCAAUAUCAAUCUCACGCGAAAAAUUGGCAAAGCCACCUAUCUGGAACCCAAAAAAGCUACUAGAUUAUGUGAGUUCGCACAAUCCUAAUAAAAAUAGCCUUUUCGAUGUUUCAAGGCAUGCCGCGACACUUCUGCUACUUGCUUCCGGUCGUAGAAUUCAUGAUCUCACGCUCUUGCGAAUUGAUAAUCAGAGUUUAUUAUAUGAGGAAGAUGAUUUGAUCUUUUGGCCAGCUUUUGGUUCCAAAACCGACAAUGCAAACCAUAGGCGAUCCGGAUGGAGGUUAAAACCGCAUCCCAUUCAAAACUUGAACACGAACUUUUGGAUUAAAAGAGUAUUGACUCUGAGUUCAGAUCGACGAAAUGAUUUAAGUCACUUAUUUAUCACACCGAGAGGUGUGGUAAAACCAGCUUCGAGAACAAUGAUUGGUGGAUGGGUGAAGUCACUUUUAAAAGAUGCUGAUAUUGAAGCGUCACCAGGCUCAGUAAGAUCAGCCGUGACUUCCCUUAAUUUUAUUGAAAGCUUUCCUAUAGAUCAAAUACUAGCAACUAGUAAUUGGAAAAUGAUUCUCACCUUGCAAAAUUACUACCAGAGGGAAUUAAUUGAUUAUAAUUCACGUAAUUCGAACUCAUCAUCUAUGUCUUUCUCAUUAUUUCAACCCAGUUCAUGGAAAUAUGUUAUAGAAAUCAAUCUAAUAUAA